GCAAAGGACAAUUGAUGUGGGCCUGCGUGCUGAUAAACGAGGGGAAAUUUGAAGCUGGCGUUACGCAGAGCUCGCCGACCAGCUGCGCACUCGUGUCUGCUCGAUGGAGUGCGUAAAUCGCCGCCUCCACUCAAACGACUAAUGUAAGGUGGCCAGCAGUCGGGAGUGGCGCUUUUGCGUGUGUCUGGUGUGCUUCUUUGUUCAGUCCAGCGCCCCACCGCCAUGCCUCUGGAGCAGUGUCUGGGUCGCAAAUACAAACUCGAGAAGACCGAAAACUUCGAUGAAUUCCUCAAGGCUUUCGGUGCGAGUUACCUAGUCCGGAAGAUGGCACAGGUGGCGACCCCAGUGGUGGAGUUGUCACAGGACGGAGAGACGUACACAUUCACUUCUGUGUCUCCCUUCAAGACGAGUGUCCUCAAGUUCAAGUUGGGUGAGGAGUUUUCAGAGGAGCGCCACGACGGCGUCCAGGUGAAGUCAGUCAUCCAGCUUCAGGACGACAGCACGCUGUUCCACCUGCAGCGCGGUGACCGGGACACCACCAUCACCAGGCGCUUCACUCCAGAGCGAGUCACCAUAACAAUGCAAGUAGAUGACAUCAUCUGCACCAAAGUCUACAAAUCAGUGUAAGGCACGGGGAUUCGUCUCCUGAAAACCUCCAAAUAUGUACUCAUUGAAAUGCUGUCUUCUGCUGUUCAGAGAUGAACAGAGUCUUCCAAGACACACCAGAAACUGGCUGCAUGGCAUCUGGCAUCUAGUCGUUUUGUUAUGUACUAUUAUGUAUAUGUCAUUUAAGUGUCAUUGCUUCAAGUCUUACCCAUUCGAAAUGUGAAAA